ACAAUAUUUUCCUUUAUACUUUACAACACCUGAUUGCUUACUUGUCAAUGAAUGUGUAUAGUGCUUCUUGAUGCUGAAAUAUAUGUGGGAUUAUUAAAAGUUUGAAACUUUUGAUCUGGGGUUACUGCUUAUUGAAAUUAGCUACAUCAAGCCAAGAUUAUAUAUAUACAUAUAUAUACUUUUAUUGGCAGAUGAAGCUGGGUCUUUUAGGGAUCUUGCUAAGCUAUUCUUGUCCAAACUCUGUUGUCCAAUUGGUCACUUUGGACAGGUGAAAUAGGUUCUUAUACCAAAUGUCAAGGACUCUUGCAGCAAUAGUUGGAGGUGCUGCAGGAGCUGUGGCCUUGGUUGGUGUUGUGAUUUUAGUUACAUGGUUCUUUCUAUGUAAUAAUAGGAGCGUGUCUAGAACUUCUGAGACUGGCUCUUCUGAUCCAUCUCAAGUUGGAAGACCUCAAGGAGUUGAGUUAGUCGUCCGUGAGACAAGGCGGUUUGAGAUUGAGGAAUUGUCUUUGGCUACAAAAAACUUUGGUGACAAGAGUUUGAUUGGGGAAGGAAAAUUUGGGGAGGUGUACAAGGGCUUACUUCAUGAUGGUAUGCUAGUUGCAAUAAAAAGGCGACAUGCCCCCCCUACUCAAGAAUUCAUUCAAGAGGCAAGGUAUCUAGCAUCUAUUCAGCAUCGCAACAUUGUGACUCUUCUAGGUUACUGCCAGGCAUAUGGUCAACAACUCCUUGUAUACGAGUAUGUACCCAAUGGAAGUGUUUCAAUUCACUUGUAUGGGGCUGGUCAGGCUACUAAAGAGAAGCUUGAAUUCAAGCAUAGGCUUUCGAUAGCUCUUGGUGCAGCUAAAGGUUUAGCUCACCUUCACUCACUAAGCCCCCGUUUGGCACACAAGGACUUUAAAACAGCAAAUGUGCUCGUAGAUGAAAACUUUAUAGCCAAAGUUGCGGAUGCAGGUGUUCGGAACUUUCUGGGAAGAGCUGACUCAGCAGGUUCAUCUUCUCAAAUUGCAGCUGAUGAGCUUUUCCUUGCUCCAGAGGUGAGAGAAUUCAGACGUUUCUCUGAAAAAAGUGACAUUUAUAGUUUUGGUGUGUUCCUGCUGGAGUUGGUAAGUGGACAGGAAGCAAUGGAAUUACUACCUUCAAACUCCAACCAAAAUCUUGUUGAAUGGGUGCAAAACCAUCAAGAAGCAGGGACCAUCUCUUCCAUUAUUGAUCCACGAAUUGGAAACAGCUUUACAACCGAAGGUAUGGAAGAGUACAUCCACUUGAUAGUUCGAUGUGUGGAGAUUUCUAGUGAAAGAAGGCCUGCAAUGAGUUAUCUGGUAACAGAAUUGGAUCGAAUACUUGAAAAAGAAAUGAGUUUGACAACGAUGAUGGGGGAAGGAACUCCGGUUGUGACCCUUGGAAGUCAACUUUUCAGGGCUGGAAAAUGAACACCAUUGGCAUUAAAAUUUAUUUAUUAUUUCAUCUCCAAGCUGUCGUGUGUGCUUUGUGAAAUAACUUCAUAUUUUUUUCUUUCUUAUGUCUGGGAAGGAGAUUCAGCUGUUUGACAAGUGUAUAAAGAACAGCUGGUUAAUUUUAUUCUCUUCUUCCUCAAUUGUUAUUACCUUUUUAUAUCAUUCCGAACGAACCAGAGUAUUGAUUGUGAAUAUAUAAAGAAGGUUGAGAUUGGCGUGUGAUAUUGUAAAUGACAUUAUUACUGUUUAUAUUAAUCGUCUUAAUGAAAAAAAAUCGUCAGACAUAUUA